AUGGAGCGCCGCGCGUUGACUCUCCUCUGCCUCCUGCUGCUCUGUGCGGCGGUCUGCACUGCCUACGGCGCGUCCGCCACAUCACUGCUCGCGCCGCUAGUUUCUCACCAAGGCGGUUCUUCUACAGCUUCUACCGCUACAGCUUCUAGUACCGCUUCUGCCGCUCAUGGCAGGCCCCUGGUUUAUAAAGGAAAGACAAUCGUUAAAUACGUCGCCAAGCUGCGUCCUACCGUGCUCAACGGGAAAGUGGUCGGUGACGCAGGAGCUUCAGGGAAAAUGAUGAUGAAGGCAGUGAG